ACUCAGGCAGGCUCCGGUUUUCACAUUCACUUUGCAUUUUACUUUUCAGAAAAAUGUCAUACUUUUAAUUUCAAGGCGUAUACGCUUUGUACUGUUAUUCGCCAAAUGAACUCCUGUUAUACCCUCGCGUUAGUGGCAGCUCCUUCAAAAUUGCCUCUGUUAUGUUUAACAGAGAUUUAUCGAUAGCCAAAUCGGGCUGCCACAGCUCCCAGAGGAUAGAUAGUCCACAAACCGCUGGGAAAUUUUGGGAACUGGAAAACAAUAAGGAGCAUCCCCGAAAUGGAUUGUCGCCUGUGGGAAUAGGCUAUUAAAUUCAAUUAUUUUAAGGAAUUAAUCUAAACUUGCUUAUCUUCACACCAAAUUAAAUUAACAUCAUAAAUCUAUUAACAUCAACUUCGAGCUGUUUCUACGCUUCGUUGUUAAUGGCAAACUGUCCCGAAUUGCACGUGCUGCUUUGUUUACCUUUUAUUUACGGCCAAAAUGAGUGCAACAAAUGACAGAAAGGUGGUCAUAAAUAAGCGCCAAAAGGGUUUGUCGCGAGAGGCAUUAGGAAAACUCACUCAAACGGAGCUGAUUGAUAAAAUAGUCCAACUGGAGGCGUACAACUUUCAGCUGAGAAAUCUUCUGCAGAAGAAGCUAACAGAGCAUGAUAGAAGCAACGCGGAAUAUGCAGAAUUAUUGGGUACAGGGACGGAGGCCGCCGUGCCUAAGGAGGCGACACAGUCAGGCAAGGUGCAGAAGCAACGUAAGUUCGAUUGGAGUAGCGCUCACAGACGUCAUGUUUUGCUGAAAGUAACCUACUUUGGCUGGGACUACCAGGGUUUUGCCUGCCAGGAGGAUUCCAACGAUACCAUUGAGUCCCAUUUGUUUCGUGCCUUGACUCGUACUUGUCUCAUCGAAUCACGUGCCACAUCCAACUACCAUCGCUGUGGCCGCACGGACAAGGAAGUUAGCGCCUUCUGCCAGGUGAUUUCUAUAGAUUUGCGCAGCAAACAUACGCCUGAGACUCAGCAGGAACCUACUGCCCUGUCAUCUGAAAUCGACUACUGUGGCCUUCUUAACCGGGUGCUGCCCAAGAACAUUCAAUGUGUGGCCUGGAUGCCGCUGCGGAGCCCCGUAUACAGUGCCCGUUUUGAUUGCACCUCGCGUAGCUAUCGGUACUACUUCCCCAAGGGUGACCUGGACAUUGAAGCUAUGCAGGAGUCCUGUAAGCUGCUGGUCGGACAUUCUGAUUUUAGGAACUUUUGCAAAAUGGAUGUGCACAAUGGUGUGACGAAAUUUAUAAGGAAUUUACAGGCAGCGCGUGUGGCACCCUGCGAGGAGAGGUUAAACAAUUCGGGUUAUGAUAUGUAUUAUCUGGAGAUCCAAGCAAAUGCCUUCCUCUGGCAUCAGAUAAGAUGCAUCAUGGCCGUGCUGCUGCUGGUGGGACAGCGAAGAGAGCAGCCUCGCAUUGUGAGCGAUCUUCUCGAUGUGGAAACUAAUCCCUGCAAACCACAGUACACGCCCGCUCUUGGCUUGCCCUUAAAUCUGUUCCAUUGUGAUUUUCGAGACAGGACGACGAGGAACAUUAACCAUCCAGCGGAUGGUGACGAAGAUGACGAGGCCAUGGACACGUCUACAAUGGAAGUCGAAAUUACCGAAAGUUCUGCGGAAGAUAAAGAUGUUACAAAUUGGAUUUACAACGAGGAGAACUUGCAGAAGCUUAUCGAGAACGUCCAAUGCGAGUGGACGCAGUUCAGUGUGAAGAGCACCAUGAUACGAAAUGUUCUCCAGCAAUUGGAGCAGCUCUUGGAAAAGAACUACCACACUAAGGAAAGUGUGACAGCGCAGGUCCUUCUGCUACAGGACUCGGUCAAACCGCGUCUGUAUCUUCCUCUUCUAGAGCGAAAACGUUGUGAGAGCCUGGAGAAUCGCAUUGAGCACUUUGUGAAAAAGCAAAGGCUGAUAGUCAAGGAUGAAAGCUGAACAAUAAGACCUUACUAAGUAACAUUUCCGCCUGUUUCUGUGUAUAUUAAUUGUUUUAGAACAUUAGAACUAAGUAUUCGAAUUAAAACACAUAAUGUAUGCAGAGCA